GCCCCCGCCACCCUCGGAGUGGGACCCUGCGGGGCGGCCGGUGGCUCUGCCGGUGGCUCGUCCUGCCCGAAUCCAGCGGCGUGCAGGGAUAUUUAUAUUCAACUUCAGUCACGCUUAGCUGCUGUAGCGUCUGUUAGGAGAGGACAAUUAUUUUGGGGGUCUGCUGCGCUUGAGGAGCGACGUAGCAGGGCAAGGGGGCAGUUUCCCAAGGUGUUUCUUUCUUAAAAGCUAGAUCUCUGGGUGUGCCGUCAUGUUGUGACCUCCAGUAAUAAAUCUGUGUUAAAACCUGGUCUCCUUUGCCUGUUCUACAUAAAAUGCCUGGCUUUCCAGUACGUGAUGCGGUGCAAACGUUCAGCCGAGAGUCAGAAGCACCUGGUUUGUGGUUCUUCUUUGUCAGUAGGGCAGUUCAGUAAAUAUUUCUUCAGUAUCUGAAGUACAAAAUGUCGCUAAGAACAACUGCAGACACUCCUUUAUCUUGGUAGGUUAUGCAAGAUGAGCGAGCGCAGACCUGGUAGUUGUUUUGCAGAUGAACAGUGCUAGGAUUUUGUUUAUUCGUACAAACAGUUACCCUGGCAGACUGUGAAUCUGCAUGUAUCUGAAAUUCUUGACAGCUGGCUCUAGCCCUGGUACAAAACCACACAGUUGUUUUAAGAAAAAAAAAUAAAAAAUCACCAAACUGAGAAAUGUGUUACUGUAGAAGGCAGAGACACUGGGUUUGGCAGCACUUUAAGUAACUGAAAGUAGGUUGCAGUUACUGUGGAAUUGUUCUGACGUGUUCGUGUACUGUUCUUCCACAGCGGUGCUUGAGAAAGACAGGCUGAAGGACUUGUUUUAAGGACGCUGCAUCAUUCAGAGAUGCUACGUGAUCCAGACAGUCUGGGAGUUUAAGAUUGAGAAGAGGGGGGUCAGCGCGUCACUGUUCCGCUGUUUUCAUUUUGAGGCUACAACAAAUCCAUCGGCGUACCUGAAAGCGAGUCAGCAGCUGUGCCUGUGGGCUGAGCACCUCCUGACAUUUCUGAAUGCACAUUCCUCAUUGUACAGAUUAUUAGCUUUAUUCAUGUGUUUCCUUCUCCUCCCCGUUGCCUUGCUCGCUCACCUACAAUACCACAAUGCAGCCACUCAACAACGGGUCAAAACUGUGCUAGCUAAUACGACUGACUCCAGAUUUAGAUUUGUUUUCAUCUCUGAACCUUAAAGAUGGGUAUUGUAAUCUCUAAUAUACAAAACACGUUAAUUUAUCUUCUUACAAUCUGUGAGAGCAAAUCUGACAUGUAGCUGGAAGGAACUAUCCUUUCUUGUCCUAGGGAAACAGCCCCCCGCAGGUGAAAAUGGGGGAUACAAGAGACAUCUGUCCUCACCUGGAUUCCAUAGGAGAGGUGACCAGGGAUGAUCUGCUGCUCAAAUCCAAGGGAACUUGCCAGUCUUGUGGAGCUGUGGGACCAAAUCUCUGGGCUUGUCUUCAGAUUGGUUGUCCUUAUGUUGGUUGUGGGGAGUCCUUUGCUGACCACAGCACACUUCACGCACAGGCCAAAAAGCACAACCUGACAGUGAAUCUGACCACUUUCCGUGUCUGGUGUUACGCGUGUGAAAAGGAGGUGUUCUUGGACCAGCGGCUGGCAACACACACGCAGUCACCACCAGUGAAGUUCACUGAACCGGAUGCUCCAUUGCCUGCUCACCCUUUGAAAGCUGUUCCAAUUGCAGUGGCUGAUGAAGGUGAAUCUGAAUCAGAGGAUGAUGAUUUGAAACCAAGAGGCCUUACUGGAAUGAAAAAUCUUGGGAACUCCUGCUACAUGAAUGCAGCACUUCAGGCUCUCUCUAACUGCCCACCUCUCACGCAGUUUUUUCUGGAAUGUGGUGGACUGGUCCGUACAGAUAAGAAACCAGCACUGUGCAAAAGUUACCAGAAAUUGGUGUCUGAGGUUUGGCAUAAGAAACGCCCGAGUUAUGUUGUUCCAAGCAGUCUAUCCCAUGGAAUUAAACUUGUCAACCCCAUGUUCCGAGGCUAUGCACAGCAGGACACUCAGGAGUUCCUGCGGUGCCUGAUGGAUCAGCUUCACGAAGAAUUGAAGGAACCAAUUGUUGCAGAGACAAGAGAUUUGGAUACCAGUGACCAGGAGGACAAGCGAGAGGGUGACCGAAGUCCUUCAGAGGAUGAGUUCCUCUCCUGUGACUCAAGCAGUGACAGGGGUGAAGGAGAUGGUCAAAGUCGGACCACAGGGGGCAUGGGCAGCAGCUCCCUGGCAGAGACAGAGUUGUUGAUCCAGGAUGAAGCAGGGAGAGGGAUCUCUGAGAAAGAGAGGAUGAAGGACAGAAAGUUCUCCUGUGGCCAUCGGCGCAGCAACUCGGAGCAGGUGGAUGAGGAUGCAGACGUUGAUACUACUAUGAUGCCAGCUGAUGGUAGAGCCUCACCUGAGAUGCUGCCAGCCCCCCGUCCUGCCAGCCCGUGUAGGACACCAGAACCUGACAAUGAUGCCUACGUGCGCUGCUCCUCACGCCCCUGCAGUCCAGUCCAUCAUGAAAUGCACUCCAAGCUCUCCAGCAGUCCUCCUCGCUCCAGUCCUGCCAGGCUUGGACCUUCCUACGUACUCAAGAAAGCCCAGAUGCAGGCUUCUGGGAAAAAGAAGAAAGAACUUCGUUACCGCAGUGUGAUUUCUGACAUCUUUGACGGCUCCAUUCUCAGCCUGGUGCAGUGCCUCACGUGCGACAGAGUUUCUACGACAGUGGAGACAUUCCAGGACCUGUCACUCCCAAUCCCAGGGAAGGAGGACUUGGCCAAGCUGCACUCUGCCAUCUACCAAAACGUGCCAGCUAAGACAGGGGCAUGUGGGGACAACUAUGCCUCACAAGGCUGGAUUGCUUUCAUCAUGGAGUAUAUCCGGAGAUUUGUGGUGUCCUGUAUCCCUAGCUGGUUUUGGGGUCCUGUUGUGACGCUGGAGGAUUGCCUUGCUGCCUUUUUUGCAGCAGAUGAGUUGAAGGGGGACAACAUGUACAGCUGUGAACGGUGUAAAAAACUGCGGAAUGGAGUAAAGUACUGCAAAGUCCUCCGCCUACCAGAGAUUCUUUGCAUCCACUUGAAACGGUUCCGGCAUGAGGUGAUGUAUUCCUUCAAGAUCAACAGUCACGUCUCCUUCCCCUUGGAAGGGCUGGAUCUGCGACCUUUCCUAGCCAAGGAGUGUGUCUCCCAGAUCACCACCUACGAUCUCCUGUCGGUCAUCUGUCACCAUGGCACAGCAGGCAGUGGGCAUUACAUAGCCUACUGCCAGAACGUGAUCAAUGGCCAGUGGUACGAGUUUGAUGACCAGUACGUCACUGAAGUCCAUGAGACCGUGGUGCAGAAUGCAGAAGCCUAUGUCUUGUUCUACAGGAAAAGCAGUGAAGAAGCUGUGCGAGAGCGCCAGAAAGUUGUGUCCCUUGCCAGCAUGAAGGAGCACAGUUUACUGCAGUUCUACAUCUCUCGAGAGUGGCUCAAUAAAUUCAACACCUUUGCUGAGCCUGGUCCCAUCACCAAUCACACCUUCCUGUGCUCUCACGGAGGGAUCCCUCCUAAUAAGUACCACUACAUCGAUGACCUGGUUGUGAUUCUGCCCCAGAACGUGUGGGAAUAUCUCUACAACAGGUUUGGGGGUGGCCCUGCUGUGAACCAUCUGUACGUGUGCUCGAUUUGCCAAGUGGAGAUUGAAGCCCUGGCCAAGCGCAGGAGAAUUGAAAUCGACACCUUCAUCAAGCUGAACAAGGCUUUCCAGGCAGAGGAGUCUCCAAGCGUCAUCUACUGUAUCAGCAUGCAGUGGUUCCGUGAGUGGGAAGCCUUUGUCAAGGGGAAGGAUAACGAGCCUCCCGGACCGAUUGACAACAGCAAGAUUGCGCUCACAAAAGCAGGUGGCCACGUGCAAGUUAAGCAGGGUGCUGACUACGGGCAGAUUUCCGAGGAGACGUGGAUUUAUUUAAGCACGCUGUACGGAGGGGGCCCAGAGAUCGCUAUCAGGCAGAAUGUGGCCCAGGUCCAAGAAUUGGAAAACCUGCACGCGGAGCAGAAGAUUGAAGCAGAGACGCGGGCUGUGUGAUCUGUGCGGGACGGGGCAGGGAAGGUACGGCACAGAUAUAACGUCCAUGUGGGGAUGGAAGGCUGGGGAAUCCUGAGGAGUCAAACCUCAUCCGUCGUCUGGUACUCGAAGGUGUGUGCGCCUCCCACCACCGCUCCCGGGGAAGGCAGGUUUCCUCCGCCAUCCUUUCACGUGGCUUUGAAUACAGGGGUGGUGCUGGGCAAGACUGGGAAGAAAUCAGCUUCUCUGUAAUUCAGCUCUGGAUAAAGCUGCGGUACGAGAGUGCAGCCAAACUUCACCAGGGUUUGUGUUGACCUGAGCCCUCUCCCUUUUGUUUGCUUACAAGAAACCAGCACUCCCAGCUUGCCCCCACUGAACUGAGUAUCUGCUCCUUUGCAGGUUUUGCUUUUGGCACUUUUCUUUUUAACUAAAUCAAAUGUGUAAAGGUAACGAAAUGGUAUUUAUGUUCCCAGUGGGCAGUGUUGCAACUGAGAAACCUCUUCUUUGAAGCUGACUGAAGCCACGAGGUCUCCCGGUAGUUUUGUGCUGUCACAACUUCCUGGGUUUGCUCUUUAUCUAAUUCUUGCAAAUUCAGUUGCAACCAACUAAGAAAUUUUGAAAGAAAGAGGCCGUUUCUGUCUCCCCCGGCCCCUAAAGCCACCUUCAUGGUCCUGCUGUUGGGUUGGGUUUUUUUUUUUUCCUUGUAUCUGAUUUCAUGCUUCCUUCACAUUUUCAGAGAGCAAAGCUGGAAGAUGAGUCCCCCUUCCCAGUGGCUUCCCAUGCUUUCCACUAAAGCUCCUGGCAGCUUUGUAGCGAUGGGGGUGCAGCCUUCCAGGCGUUUAGCUCACAGGGGUGGCAUGUGAAGCCCAGCACUGUUAACGGGCAGGCUGCGGCGGGGGGGACAGGACAGCUCCUGCGCAGAGUUUAGGACUGGGGGUUCAUAACCCUGCUCUCAGCCUGGCCCUGCUGUAAGCCGGGCUCUGUCCCCACAGGGUGGGUGAGGGACGGGGAGGAGCCGGCUGGUUCGUAGGGAGCCUGCUCAGCUGGGCUGCCCUGGGACAGGGCCCUCAUUCAGUGCCGGGGAAGGGGCCCGGCUGAGCAGGCCCCUGCCUCCUGAAGCAGCUUUUUAGGCCUGAGCUGUGUUCUGCGAACAAGCCCCCACCUGUGCGCUGAGGUCAUUCCAGCUUCUCGACACAGAUGUCAUUUGUGUGCACAGUGGCUCAUUUAACGAACAGAAACAACUCCCUCCCCAGUCUACUGCCGCCAGCGCAGCCACGGAGCAUCCGAUAGCGGAGGGAGGAGUGAAGAUGACAACGGCUAAACGCUGCCUUUCUCAGCAGGGCUGCUCUUAACAGUUCUCCAUUCAUCUCCUAAGCCAGAAAGGCAACAGUGAAACCUCUGGAAGCACGUGAGUGCAGUUUAAUGGAAGGAGAGGGAGGCAGAGGUGGCCUCUGGUGGGCUGAGGGACCAAACUCUGUGUUCAUGGUGCUGGAACCUGAGUGAUUCCACAGCAUCCAGUCUGGCCUUGGCGGUACCAGGCUGAGCAGAUCCCAGGGGGCUGGGACCUCCUGAGCACCUCGGGUAGGAGCGGGAGGGAGGCAACGAUUGCUCUUUGAGUUCGAGAGUAGGAAAAGGUGGAGGAGAGUUUGAAAGAAAAAUGUGGCCUUCAGAAUUUAUUUUAUUUUUUUUUUUAGACCAAAUGUUUGCUGCAAACAGCAACUUCUUUAAAAAAGUGUCUGUAAAUGGUGCAGCAUGUGAAUUUUGCGAUCAUGUUAAUUGGAUGCUUGUAUAUACCCAGCCAGGCCCGAGGGGAGCUCAGAGAACGAGCCACUGUUGGGAUUGCUCAUUGUUUUAAGCCGUCUUUGUUAGCCACUGCGGCCGCCUUCCAGUCUGCUGCAGAGCCUGUCGGGCUGCAUGUCCGUGGUAUCCGUGCUGUUCAGAGGGUGCUGUACAGAUUGUGGUAACACUCCUGUGCUUAAGUGUUAUACUUUGUGCUGAAAAUGUAUUACAAUAAAUACAUGUGCAUUCAA